CUCAAGGCGAUCUCUAGCAUCGCCAUCCCUUCAUUCUUCUACUGUCUUUAGGAGGUUUUCAUUCUUUACAUAAGGUACCAAUUACAUCCCACAAUCAUUUCCAACGAGCCAGAUCGAUUCCGGCAUUCACACUCCUUUCUCUCGACACCCUCACCGAGCCACACCGAGCAAUCACAAGCAUCGCCCAUCCCCCCUCCAUCCACCGUCGCCUGCGCCGAGGUCAACUGCAACCCCAAAGAUCGACACCCACUUCCCCUCAAAAUGCAUGCCCCGACCCCUCAUCUUCUACCCCUGGCCACGGCCCUUCUAGCCAUCGGCACCAACCUCGCCCAUGCAAACCCCCUCCAAGUGCUCACCGCAGGAAUGGAUAGCACACUCCCCGUCGGCACGAACCCCAUCGUGAACCCAAAAGUGGAGUACCUAGGUUUCCAGCACGCCGACAACAGCUGCUCCCACCGCGAUCUGGGCUUCACCGGCUCUAUCGCAGGAAAAUGGUACGCCGUUUGGGGCGAUGUGCUCUGGUGCGAUGCUGGUGUCACUGAUCCCGAAAAGGACACUCCCGGGUUCCACGGCAUGGUGCGCGACGCCGUGUCUGUCAUGACGAAGAACCCGCUGGUCGUGCACGAUCUCAACCUGGGGGAGAAUGGGCGUCAGAAGCAGUUCAUCCCCUUCAAUUCAUCGUGGGGAGAAAAGGUUGAUACCGGGUUCGGCGGGACGAGUUUGGUCGAGACUAAUGCUGAGACGCGCACCGGGGCCGUCUUUUACCUGGUUAACCAAAACGCAGAUGGCCUCGUAGGCGCAGGCAUCGCCAAAGUAGACGUCCUCUUUGGAACCCCCACCGUGACCAAACGGUACGGCGAACGCGGCUACUGGUGGGAUGCCAAAACCACGCCCCGGUACGGCGACAUCGCCGCCUUCCGCGACCCGUGCUCCGAGUACAUUUACGCCUGGGGCGGCCCGCCGACCACAAUCACCGACUGGGGCCAGAGCAGCUACGUCUACCUCGCGCGGGUCAACGCCAGCCAGGCGUUCAACGUGAGCAACUACGAGUACUACUGGGGCCGCCAGCAGGGGUGGAAGUCUGACGUCUUGACGACGUUCAAUUCCGAGACGGCGACUGUGUGGGGCACGGGUCAGGGGCAGAUUGUGUGGAAUGAGCACUUUAAGUGUUAUAUCUUUGUUCACCUUGGCAUCGGCGGCGGCACCGUCUUCUUGCGCACUGCUACAAAACUCGAGGGCCCCUGGACGCCGGACAUCAAGAUCUUCCAGGCUCAGGCCAUUGAUGGCGGGCUCGUCUACGCUGGCGUCGCUCAUCCGUAUCUGGAUCCCACCGGCAGGACGCUGGUCAUCUCUUUCACGAACAACAACAGGAUCCAGGUGAUCAAAGUAACCUUUUCCAAGUGAGGCAAGGUGAUCUCACGCGCCUUGCAGGAUAACUCAUAUUCUUCCAGUCACUAAAUUUAACUUCAUCCCCGAGUACAUAAUUACAG